CCGCGCGGAGCUCAGGAGUCCUUAUAACGGCAUGGAAACCUCUGGGUCGGAAUCCUAGGUCUGCCCGGGAUCCAGAGCGCAUGCGCGGGGCCGGAGGUUUCCGGGCGGCCGCUGGAGUUCCGGGGCGCCGCUGCCUGGAGACGGCGGAGCGGGGCGGGAGCGAUCGAUCCCUGCCACAUUAUGUCAGGAGACAGUGACUGCACCAGGACAAGUCCAUCAGCAGGGUCUCUAUCGGACACCGAGUUCCUACCAGAUCAGCCAAAGUAUGUUUGUUCCCUGUCUCCUGAUCUCAUUACCAAAGCCCGGGAAGAGCUCCAAGAAAAACCUGAAUGGAGGCUCCGUGAUGUGCAGGCUCUCCGGGAUAUGGUGUGCAAAGACUAUCCCUCCCUGGGGACCUGCCUGGACGAUGCUUUUUUGCUAAGAUUCCUCAGAGCCAGGAAAUUUGAUUACGAUCGAGCACUUCAGCUUCUGGUGAACUACCACACCUGUAGGAGGACCUGGCCUGAGGUGUUCAAUAAUUUGAAGCCAUCUGCAAUAAAGCCUGUCCUAGAGUCUGGUUUUGUCACUGUGCUGCCUCAGCUGGACCCAGAGGGACGCCACAUCGUCUGCAUCCGUCCAGACAGAUGGACACCCAGUAAUUACCCGAUUACUGAGAACAUUCGUGCCAUAUACUUAACCUUAGAAAAACUCAUUCAGUCCGAAGAGACCCAGGUGAAUGGAAUUGUAAUCCUGGCAGACUACAAAGGAGUCAGCUUAUCUAAGGCGUCUCAUUUUGGGCCUUUUGUAGCCAAAAAAGUGAUUGGAAUUCUUCAGGAUGGAUUCCCCAUUCGAAUAAAAGCUGUCAACAUAAUAAAUGAGCCUCGUAUAUUCAAAGGAAUUUUUGCAAUCAUCAAGCCUUUUCUGAAGGAAAAGAUAGCAAAUCGGUUUUUUCUUCAUGGCUGUGAUCUUAAUUCCCUUCAUCAAAACAUUCCUCCAGUGAUCCUUCCUGAAGAAUAUGGUGGUACUUCAGGGAAGCUGGACAUCUCUGCCUGGAAUGAGCUUCUGCUGUCCUCUGAAGAGGACUUUCUGCAUGACUUCUCACAGCUGGUUAUCCCAUCUGACAGCUCUCCCCAUGACAUGCUAGUGAGUGGAGAUGCUGAUGAAAAGCAAUGUGAUGAUUCUCUGCGAGGCAUGAAACCUCAGCUCUAUUACUGUUACUAAUAAACCAGUCAAGGGAAGUUUUCCAGCACAGUUAAAUCUGUUCUGGUGGGCGAUGUUGUGAACUCUGCCUUACCCCUAGAGCUGCAGUUCAGGAACAGACUGCUGAGGCACUUUACACUGUAGAACCAAAGGAAGCUGAAGAGGGCACAGUGGGGGCAGGGCAGAGUUCAGGGACAAUAAAGUCAGGGAGCACAAGUUAUGUAGAAUACUUGAGGCUCAUCAACCUCUGAAUGAUGCAAACUGGCUUAUUCUUUUCAAUGAUAAAGAAAAAAAUUAGAUCACAGGAUAAUAAGCUUGAUAAGUUUCUUAUCCCCUUCCUGCCCAGGUGAAAAAUGUCAAUGAGGAUUUAAUAUCUUUGUGACCAUCCAUUACCUUCUCUUUCUGAAAACACCAGUAAUCCAAAACAAGAAAAUUGCUUCUGAACCCAGUAAAAUGCAAUUCUGCCAGUGAAGGCUGCUUAAAAGCAUAAAUGUCUCAUUUGGCAGUUGGUUCAGAUGGUGAGCUGGCAUUUCUGGAAUAUCUCAAUGAGUAUUUGGCUCAAAUUAAUGAAUACCAGUAUGGAGAUCAUCUCUGAAACUUCCUCACAGUAGGAAGACCUAAAACUGAUGGAUUACCUAUUAGAACAUCAAUGCCAACACUAAUUGUAAGAAGAUGCAAUCUUCAUUUUCAGAAAACAGGAAGUUAUUCAGAUCAAGUACUAAGGCUUUUAAUUAGAUAGAGUUUCAAAUAACGAGGUUCAGGACCAAAUAAGAAAAAGCUAUGUUACCCACCUUACCACACUGAGUGGUAACUCUUACAUAGAAUUUGUAAGACUUUGUAGCAGAUGUAAGACAGCAAGGUGCUUCUUUAGCACGUUACUUUAGGCUGAAUUUGAGUUUAAGUCUGCAACCCCCAAUGCAGACAGGCUAUUUGAAAGCACAUUCUUAAAUUUCCCGGUAUUGUAGCAUUUUGUUCACUGUGCUUGUUGGUUCUUUUGUGAAAUGUUAGUUUUGUUUUCAACUUUGUUGACCUACUUUGUCUUUUGGUUGCCAUGUUUCUCUAUGAAAUCAGACCUUAAUCAUCUCUAACCUGUAGCUUGUAUGCCUGUGCUUCUAGGUGUUUGUCUAGAGACAGAACUGACUCCCAUGUCAAAUCAGGGUAAGAUACCUAUGUCUAGAGGAGCUGUCCCCACUCCCCAAGCUCAGUCUCUUUAAUGGUCUUGAAUUAGUACUGAACUCUCAGCACACUCUUUGCACACGUUUUUCUGCACUAUAAACUGUGGAGGUGGGAGACUAGGAUCAGGAAAACACACCCACUUGCUUCAAGGUGAUAUAUUUCACACCCUGGGGAAAAGGACAUCCCUUCUAAUUGGAGAUUUAUCUCUAGAGCACUUUGCCUAAAUGAAACCUUUAUUUGGUGCCAAGUGUGAUUAUAGCUACCACUUACUUCUCUGUAAAUAUAAAACUAAAGCAUCUUGAGAAUUUCAGACAUUCAUUUUUCAAAGUGCCAAGCUCUGUUUUGAAUGUCUCUCUUCCUCUCAGUUCCCCUACAGCAUGACUGCAUUGCCAAAAAGAGAUUCCUCUACCACUGUAAUGACUUCCUGAUCUGGCAGCAGACAUCCUGAAAUUAGGAGUUAGCAAAUGCCAUACCUGUUGUCCAAGCAUUAUAAAAGGAGACUGAGUUUUGAAAAGAGAUGAACUUUAAAGCUUUAAAGCUUUUUUCUGGGUGGUAGUUCAGAAUUUGAACUUAUCACUUCAGCUGUUUUAAAAUAAAGGUGGGAAGAGAUGAAUUUUCUUCACUGAAAGCAUCAGAUUUUUCCUACCUUUGUAAGUCAAUCCUUACUCCUCUCUGACAACCUUACCUUUAGUGCAGGAAAAAUUACAGAACCCUACCAUUUUCUUCUACUUCAAAUAAGGUAAAAGAUGACUGUUAGCCACUUCCUCCUCAUUUCUGACUAGAAUGUGCUGUGUGUUUUGCAAAGAUGAAUUCAAUUCUUUGUGCUACCUAGCAAAACAGAAGCACACAGCACCAGGACUUAGAAAGGUAAGUGGCUGCCCACACAGUUCAUCUGCCAAAACCUACAGUAGUGUUUAUGUUGGUUUAGUGCCUCAUAAUUUUUAUCAUUAAAUACAACUUAAAAAAGAAGUAGGAUGGACCAUUUUUUCCUGGAAGUGAAGGCAUGACUGGUAUCUGGCACUUCUUCCUUAAUUGUGCUGCUGUAUUUUUACAGUUAACCUAUAAUAACAGCUACUUUGAUCCAUUUAUGUAACUAGAGAGGGAGAUCAAAUAUUCAAAAUUCAAUUUAGUGCCCUUCAAAGAAAAAUAAAAAAUGUAGUGUUGUUCAGCAGAAGGCUGAGGAACCUCUACAGAAACCAAACCCUUUUUCAGGCUUUUAUAUUCUCUUGCAUGCCUAAAAUAGUAGGGAACCUAAAUCCAUCUCUCUCUCUCCUCUUUUCUCCUCUGCUCACAGAGAAUCUAAGAUAAAAAAAAAAUAUGAUUUAAACCUAAUAGAUAAGGCUUUAUUAUUAGUGCUUGAAACAGCCUGUGCCAUGCCUCCAGAACUUCUGUUUCUUACAGCUGGCUGCUGGGCAGUUGCUGACAGGAUGCUUCAGCUAAGCCAGGCUUAUCUUUAGUCAACAAUCUGUUAUUUCUGAUUUGCUCUCUCUUGGCUUCAGAACUCAGACAGCCAGAGCUGAAACUGAGCUUCACUGAGCUGCUCUCUCUCACCCUUUUUAGCUUCAUAACCAGUGCUUGGCUUCUCUUACAGAAAGCACAGCUUUGUCUUAUUAGUGCCUGACUACCCAGCUGCGAGUGUUUGCUGAGCUUCAGUGCUUGCUAGCCAAGAAAUCAGUUUGUUCCCCCAAUUUUUCAUAUCAGCAUUUGGAAAACAAACACUUGUUUUAAAUACAGAGUCUCCUUAUCUGAAAUUUAAGAGAUGUGAAAAAAAGCAUAGAGUUUCCUCUUUAGGUUUGUGGGGUUUUGUUCUUCUUGUUUGUUUUUUCCAUAGCACUGAUCUGUUCUUUUCCUCACUUGAAAUAACUUUUGUUUCCAGUGGUUACAGCCCUUACCCAGUCCAUAAGCCAUCCCUGCCAAAUCCAGUGCAUAAUAAGAAAAAAUACUUGAACUGCAUUGGGCAGCCAUGGCUUUUGGCAUUAAGUGGGAAAAAGGCAGCUGAAUAAUGUACAUAAAAGUACUUGAAUUUAUACUCUUGCAGAUGGGUGUUACAAACCCUGAGGUAUUUUCCAGGAAUUCAGUAAAGUAUUUUUUUGUUAAGUCUCAUUUUGGCAUGAGUUAGUCAUUGUGUUAUUCAAACUAAUAAUUUUGCCUUCUGUUGUAUGUGGGCCUAGAGGUGUUGGGUGGUUAAGUGUACAUCUUAUUUUGACAAAAUUUAUUUUUAUAAUGCAUUUUAUAAAAUGGAGUGGCCAAAUCUGUAAUUUUAUGAUGCAUGACUGGGUGAUUAAACACAUUGUAACAGCUACUAGUUUGAUAUUUAAAAUUUGUUUGCCUUGUGUCAUUUUGCUGUAUUUUACUCAAAAAGUCAAUAGUCAAACAUACUUCAGUUCCACACUAAAACCACUAUUGCAAAUAAGUGUAAUUGCCACAAGAUUACAUGAGAAUAAGGCAUUGCCCUCUACUGCAGAACUAAAUUUUACUUGAACUGUAGAUGAGCAACAUCAAGGAAUAGGAUUUGA